UGUCUGUCUUCUAUUGCUGUGGCUGGAACAACCAGACCAAGCUUGGAACGCUGGCGUUGGGAAUGGCUGGAGAUUACGUGUGGAUUGAAGGGAUUCCUUUCCCCACAACUACCAUGGAAGACCUCAGAUCUAUGCAGGAUGAAUUUGUGGCAAGGGAUGAAGAUAUCAUCAUAAUUUCUUACCCAAAGUCAGGAACCAACUGGAUAUCGGAGCUCAUCCAUCUGGUCCACACCAGGGGAGAUCCCAGCUGGGUGCAAUCAGUGGUCAAGUGGAAACGUUCACCAUGGCUAGACAACACUUUCGGGCUUGAAGAUAUAAAGCAGCAGCAGGAAGACCCACGCUUCUAUACCUCCCACCUCCCCAUUCAAUUCUUCCCCAAGUCCAUCUUCAAGUCCAAGGCCAAGUGUGUCUACAUCACGAGAAAUCCCAGAGAUAUUCUUAUUUCUGGUUACUAUUUCUGGAAAGCGAUCAAGGCCACCAAAAAUCCAGGCUCACUUGAAGAAUAUUUUGAAUGGUUCCUUCAAGGAAAUGUGCCAUAUGGCUCAUGGUUUGACCAUGUUGGAGGCUGGCUUCAGAUGAGAGGAAAAGAGAAUUUCCUAUUUAUGUUAUAUGAGGAGCUGCAUCAGGACAUAAGGGCCAGUGUGGAGAAGGUCAGCCAAUUCUUGGGCACGAAGCUAAGCCCAGAAGAACUGGACUCCGUCCUCAAGAAUGUAACCUUCCAGGCCAUGAAAGACAAUAAAAUGAGCAAUUUCUCUCUAGUCCCCGAUAUCCAUAUGGACCACAGAAAAGCACAUCUUAUGAGAAAAGGAAUCAUUGGCGACUGGAAAAAUCACUUCACAGUGGCCCAGAGCGAAGCCUUCGAUAAAGUCUACCAGGAGAAGAUGGCCGGGGUCCCCCCAGGCCUCUUCCCGUGGGAAUAAGGGCCUCACGUGUCUGAAUCGGGGUGCAAAGGCUGAAUUUCCUGAGGUUCUUGUGUACCCAACAAAGCAAACUCUACAUGAUGAGCGAUAUUUAGGAAGUAGGUGGGUCCAGGUAGAACCCCAAGAGAUGUGAUUUCUAGAACCCAAUUAUUGACCGGUCCUCGCCUUAACCCAACAAGGUCUACAGUCCAUUCCACACUUAAUUGACACUAACCAUGUUCCUUUUCUGCUGCCAUGCCAGCUUCCCAAAGUGAAUCUUUUUUUUUUUUAAAAUAUAUUUUAUUGAUUUUUUACAGAGAGGAAGGGAGAGAGAUAGAGA